AUGCCACGGGCCGAAGAGAAUGAGCAGAAAGAAAAUGAAUAUUUCACGGUUGUUCUUAGCGGAUCCCAUGGCAUGCUAGGCGGCUUUCUCGUCGACAUGUUCCGAGAUGGCGCUGUGAAGAUCGACGGGCGUCCAGUGCGUUGCCGCCGCCUCACUCGAACGAGACGCAGGUGUCCUCCCACUUUGUCUCACACUCACUCGAUGCAGCAGAACCGCACUGAGGAUCACGCAGCGUCUUCUUUACCACCCCGCCCCGCCUUCCUCCCGCCUGCUAACUUCGUCGACGCUGAAGCUGAGGAGCAGCCAGAGAGAGGAGAGGAGACGAUUCGAGAGGCGGGGGCGAAACCGCUGCCAGGAGGGGACCUGGCACGUCUUGCGCCGGUCGGGGAGGCGCAAGACGUGCAGGUGGGAAAGACGGAGAAACGGAACAACGAAACCGAGCAAGAUCUAGACAGCCGGUAUCUGAAGAAAGAAGCAGAUAAAGAGGAAACAGACAGGACGAAAGAAAAAGAAGCAAACGAAGACGAUAUUCUUUGGGAUAUUCCCGGCCAGUGGAUCGAAGCCGACAAACUUGAAGGCGUCGAUGCAGUCAUUCAUUUAGCUGGAGAGCCCCUUGCGGAGAAGGGCGAAGUCGCAGGGGAGCUGGCGGCAGAUCGCGCCUCGUUGGCCUCCUCUGCGGAGGCCGGGGGAUCCCGGAACUCCGGUGGCGGAGCCCAACUGGCGGAGACAGACCUACUCGAAGAGGUAUCAAGGACUCCGGAAAGCCCUUUGCGGGGCAUAUCAGGAAGUUGGGGCGCACAGAAGCUCCGCGCGGUCCUCGACAGCGAGGACUGGCUUCGUUCCCUCGGCGCGUGGACAGCCGCCAAGAAGAAAGAAAUUUUGGAUAGCCGUGUUAACAGCAUAAGGCUUCUGGUUGACACUUUCAAGCGCCUCAGACGGCCUCCAAAAAUGUUCUUUGUCGCCUCAGGAGUUGGCGUCUACGGAAUCGAUACCGGAGACGAAAUCUGCGAUGAAGACACAGCUGCUGGAAAGACAUUCGUCGCUGAGGUGUCUGUGAACCUGGAGCAGGAGGCCGCGGAGGCUGCUUCGAGGCAGUCCAGCGUGUUCAAAGAGUACGCAUCCCCUGAAGCAGAUUUACCGGAACAGCUUGAGAAGGAUCUCGCUUCCGCUGGCAGCGGCUCACCGGACUGCCGGGUCGUUUUUCUGAGAUUCGGAGUGAUGUUUUCGAUGCGCGGGGGCAUUCUGCCGCGACUUCUCCCUCUGUACAAAAUGAGAUUGGGGUCUCGCCUCGGCGGAGGCCAGCAGUGGAUGUCUUGGAUCUCCCUACACGACGCGGCCCGUGCGAUUCUUUUUCUUCUGCAAAAGGAACAGGACGCGAUUCAGGGCCCUGUAAACAUCUGUUCUCCUGAGCCGAUGAGGAACGAAACUUUAGCCGCCGCGCUGCAUGAGGUUCUUCAUCCCAAUGCUUGGUUCACCUUCACUAUGCCCGUUCCAGCAUCAAUGCUUCGUUUGGUCCUAGGGCAGCUAGCGGAUGAAGUUCUUCUCGGCGGCCAGCGCGUCGCUCCCCGCCGUUUGUCUGGCGCAGGCUUUGAGUUUGAUCACUCGUCGAUUUCUGAGGCGAUUGUUUGGAGCCUGGACGAGCAAAAACGCCGAACAGCGCCGAAAGGCGAGAAUGAGAAGCAGACAGUGGAGCAAAAGAAGGGCGAUGGGGAAGAACACGAGCACACCGCAGAGGAGAGAAUUGCUGCUUUUGACAGUUUAAAAAGCCAGCAGUUAGAGUUAGCAGAACAGAUGAGAGAGCAAGAAAGAAAGCAGGAAGAAAAGAGACACGAAAUGCUCCUGAAGAGACGGCAGUCAGCGAAAAUGAUGGACAAGUCUCGCCAGUCUCAGGAACAGCAAGGAGAGGAAGCGGCCGGAGACGUGGAGAUAGAUACCCAAGCCGAUUAG